AUGGUCGCCCGGCCACCGGCCGGUCCAGCCCUCCCCUCCCCGCCUCGUCAGGGCAGCACGGCCGCCCCGCGGGGCCGGGGAGGGGAGCUGGGCCGGCCGGCCGGCUCCGCAAGGCCGCGCGCGGAGGAGGGGCUGGUUCGCGAAGCCGCGAGGGGCAGGAGGGGCGCGCGGGCCGAGGCCGGGCUGGGGCCGCGGCUCCACAGUGCUGUGAGCGGCCGGGAGGAUUUACCGCCACCGCCACCGCUGCUGCACCUCCAGCCCGCCCGGGACGCUGCCGCCUCCUUCCCACAAUGCACCCUGGCGCUCGAGGGUGCCCUCUCUUCUCUCAGCCUUCCUCCCCGCCCUCCUCGCCCAGCGACCUUUCCCGCGGGCGGGCAUGCGCAUCCGAGCGCGUCUGACCGGGUGUGGCGGAGACCUGGGCGGCUGCCUCAGUGCGCGUGCGCACAACCCAACCCGCGCGAAGGAGGAAUUGCGCAUGCGGCCUUGCCUCCUGGGACUCCAGAGCAGAACCCGGGGCUUCUGCGUGAUCGCUAUUUAGAACAAAGGAUUAGUAUAAAGUUUUGAAUAAAGUUAAAGAAGCCUGCAAGUGAGACCCACUAUCUUUUGAAAGAAGUCUACGGUGAUGAAGUGGUGUCGAGGGCUCAAGUUUUUACUGGCCAAAAAGUUUAUAAAGUAGGGCAGGAAGAUGUCCGAGGUGAUGCACGAAGUGUUCGUCCAAUUACAAGGGCUGAUGAAAAUAUCCAGGUCAAGGACAUGAUUUGUUCAAACAGGCAGUCAGCGAUGAGAAUGAUGGCUGAAGAAUUAAAUUUAGAUAAAGAAACUGUUAGACUCAUUCUAAAAGAAAACCUGAACAUGAGAAAAAUGCCUGCCAAAGUUAUAGUGAGUAAUUUGAAGGAUAAGCCUAACUUGAGGUUCCCAUCUGAGCAUUCAAAGGAAAUUAGGAAAGUUAGCUUAUAUGUGAGGGAAAAGGUCUGCAUGGUCGAUAAAUGUUCAACGAACAGUGAUUCUGUCCCUCAUCUUUCAUUGCUUUAUGGGACUGCUGGGAACGAAAGCAUAACAUCCUGCUUUCCCAUAAUCCUGGCCACUACCCUGGCACGGAUUAAAGACAUGUCUCUGUGAUUAAUCAAAACCCGCAUGGAAGCACUCUGGCGCUGCUCCUCUGAUGUGCUGCCUGCUUCAUAGACAGUAGUUCCUCGGCUGCAGUGGCAGUGGAGCCAGCAAUGGGGGCGUUUGAUGAACUGGCUAUGCUAG